AUGAUGAAGCUCAAGUCCAACCAGACUCGCACCUACGACGGGGACGGAUACAAGAAACGGGCGGCUUGCCUCUGCUUCCGCAACGAGAGCGAGGAAGAGGUGAGUGAGGGAAGCGGGCGGGCUGCGGCUGGAGGUGGGGGAGCACGAGCCGGGAUGGGGGUGGUAGUGGUGGGGGGAACUGGGUGGCUAUUCAGGAGGAGGGGCGCCAGAAGGAGAGGCUCCCUAAGUGUUGCAAGUGGGGGGGGGCGGUUAGCAAUGGCACACCCGACAUGUAAGGGAGGCGGGGUAUCAAACGGGAAGCUCCGAAGAAGCCGGGGGGAGAUGGGGGAGGAGGCUAGAUGGGGCUGCUGAAAGAGGGGCAGAGGAUGAGGAGAUGGGUGGAGCUUGUGUCUAUUCUUGAAGGAUUCGUAGGGUGCGAACAACUCCCUUUCCCCAGACGGAGCUUCCCCAGACGGCGUGCCGCAGUUUGAAGGAGGACGGAGGGGCUUCCUCCUUAGUGGCUAGUAGCGAGAGUAACAUGCGGUUGUUACUAGGCAAGAAGUGACAUGACGCCUCUCAUUAGCGCCUGUCUCCUGUCUGUGAAUCGUUUGGUGCUGGGAGGUGGCAAGACACUUCCGAGAAGCAAAGCUUUCCGUUGUUUAAAAGCUCUGGCUGCACACUUUGCGCCUCGGGCCCAGGGUGACCAGAUGUCCAGUUUCACGUUCGGUAUCUGCACCUUUAAAUAGUUAUACAAGCUACACGAUGAGAUUCUCCUUCAUAAAAGGUGAAAGAGGGCUGUUCUCUUCUGUAUCUGGCCAUCUUUCCCGGAGCUCAGGAAUGUGUGCAAUGUAGACAACCUUAAUCUCCUAGAGUAAGUUCCUGUGUAAACGAAGGGGGUCCUCAUAGGAAGCGCUGAAUUGUUACACGUCUGACCUUAAGUCUCCAGAGGCAUCAGAAUUAAAAUCCCAAGACAUAGACAGGCAGGUGGUACAAUAAUUUAUUUCUAGGGGCCAAAGCAAGGACAGUUGACCAGGGUUUCAUACUCUUACCUCUACAUCUUUUAUGUGGGAAAUGUGCAAUCCCAUGUAUGUUUUGGUAACUUCCACAGUGUUCAGUUUGGGCUAACUUCCAAGUAGGUGUGCAUGCACAUAGGAUUGCAGCUUGAAGGGGAGUGGCACAAGGAAUCUGAAGUGCUAGCCUCUAGAAAUUAUGGUUAAAAGAUCAAAGGUUGUGUGCGCGUGCAAUUGUCGAAACAAAAACUGUUGUGGCUCUUUUCAUGUAAAGAAUGCUCUGCAACAAGUAAAUGGUUUAGAUUGCAAGUUUUUGGGAAUAUUGACCCACUUUUUCUGCUGAUAAAGUUCCAUGUGAAUUGAUUGGGCUGUAUAUCUAAUCUGUACUGUUAAAAAGAAUGGCUACUAAUCUUCUUGGUCUUUAAAAACCAGAAGCAUGAGUAAGCAAAACAUACUAUGGUACAGGGUAAGUAUAUGAUUUUUAGUAGGAAAGUAACAGGCAAAAUCAAAUUAUCAAGAGCACCUCCUGAUUUCUAGAGUCGCUUAAAUGAUGUGGAUGAAUGAAGGAAUAGUUUUCUCAAGGCACAAUUAAGAGGACAAGAGAGCUCAGUAUUGUGAUGGGAUAGAAAUGAGGAAAGCAUGCAGAAUGAAAGAUUUAAAACAAUGAACGGUGACAUGAACUGGUGUGGCGUGGCAUGGCAUGGGAUUUGGCAGUGAUCUGCUACCACCAUGCUCAGCUAAGCACAUCAUAUGACAUGGCAGAAAGAAAUUUGAUUCUGGAUUUAUAAAAAGAAACUGGGAUAAAAGGAACUGGUUACUUGCCAGAAAUUGCCAUUAGAGGGGCUUGUGAGAGAAAAAACGGGAUUGAGAGACUGGUUAUCCCGACAAGUCCAACCCCCUCCCCACAUAUUGAAGGGGGUAAACUUGCAUUUAAACAGUUUAUUUCAGUAUAAAAUUUAUCACAUAUUUUAGGUUAAACAUCAAGAUAUUCCUGUUAAACAACAUGGCAUCUUAGAUGUAAAUUUUAUUUAAAUAAUCUAAAAUUUAUAUAGUGUUGAAGUGUUCAAAGUGCUUAACAUGCAAGUAAUAUGUCAUUAAUCCUUUCAAUAAUUUUCUAAAGCAGGUUAAAUUUGGUUAUCAUCAUACUGCAGAUAGGCAGCUGAGGUUAAACGAGAGAGCAGCUUCUCUUUACCUACAUAGUAACUUCAUAACUGAGGUGAGAUUAGAAUUAAAGAUUUAUGGAAGUCCUAAGUAAAUAGUGCAGUGUAGCAGCUUUCUUAGCUACCAUUUAGAGCUCCCUAAGUAAAUUCUGUCGGAUUGGGGUUGUCAAUGCAGGUAUUUCAGUAGGCUCCAGUAGACUUCCAGGUAGUCUCUUGCAGUUUGGACUGAGGAAUUGGGUUGAAAUCAGCAAUUAUGGGACAUUGUUGGCCUCUCCAGUCACCUGAUCUUCUGGACUAAAGCUUGCAGUAUUUCUGCUGACCAUCUGCAGGAAGGCUCUGUAGAGCAACAGAUCAUGGUCAGUAAUUCCCUCUGCCUGCAAGCUGACUUGGUUGCACAGGGAAUAUGGUUCCUGGGCCUAGUUGCUGGAGGCUGUUGGUGGAUAACAAGGCACCAAUAUUCUGUCAAGUUAGUUUUACUCAGUUCUCUGUUACUUAAGUUCAUUGUGUUGGAUCCAGAUUGCUGAAAUUUAUUUUCAUUGAAAUCAAUAGGAUUUUCUUUAGUCAUAAUUAACCAGGCCCUUUGAUUUUAUUGGGACCUACGUUAAACUAGAAGUUAGUUUGAAUCCAAUGUAUUGUCAUUCUCAUUAUAUUUGUAACUAGAAGAAAUUGCCACCAGGAGGAAAAUGAAUUGGAGUAUAGCCUUUUUAAGGCUUGUAGAAGCACUUACCAUAGUUCUACUGCCAGAGUGUCUGUCUGUAUAUGGCUUGUAUUUUUAAAUAAAACGUGUACUGUACUAUUGUUUAUUGCACUUAUUAGCUGUUUUCUACUUUAGACGUUCCAAAGUGAUUUGCAUUAAAAUCACAAAGCAAUAUAACAAUAAAUUCAGUACAGUAAUAUUAACAUAUCAAAAUCUAGCAUAAAUGUCAAAUCACAGAAUCAAUAAAAACCAGUAUUUCUUAUCUUACUUUAUCUUUAAUGAAUUCAGCGUGACUUACAGAAAAUUAUUAAAAUAGUAAAACUUCAGAUUACAAACCAACAUAAUGAAAGAUAAGCAAUAAUAAUAAUAAUAAUAAUUUAUUAAUUAUACCCCACCCAUCUGGCUGGGUUUCCCCAGCCAUUCUGGGCGGCUUCCAACAGAAUUUUAAAAUACAGUAACCUAAAUUAUUAUUAAAUUGUCUAUACCGCCCUUCACCUGUGGAUUACAGGGUGGUUUACAAUAUAAAAACACAAAAAUACAUACCAUAGUAAUACCUGUAAUACCUGCCCACAGUUUAAAAUGUCAUAGAUAGUUUAAUCAACCAAAGGCUAAAUAACCCCAGCAGAAAGAAAAGUGGAAUGGCCUUUAUUGUAGCAACUUAAAAUCAGCAAAUGUAAAAUCAGUUUAUUCAAAGCCUUUUUGAAAAGGUUUUUGCUUGAGGCCAGAAGGUGAGCCUUCCUGGAGUGGUCAUUCUAUAAGGCUGACUUCAUUUCAAGAAGGCACUCCUACACGUCAGUUGGCAGAGGCAUACAGAAGUCAAUGUUAGAAACUGAGAUAUGAAAACCAGGAGCUAAACUGCAGCUAAAAUAUUACCGUAUAUUCAUUUUUCACAUGGUCUAGUCCUUCCCCUACCCACCCCCUUAAUAUUCUUGAGAGGGUCUCUUCUCCAGUCUUCAGAGAGUACCUGGAAGUGAGGAGGUAGAAAAAGGUCCUCUUUUCCUUCUACUUUGCAGUUUUAAUCUGAAAUCUUAGGCGCAGUACUGCACCCAGAGCUCAGAAACUGCUCACGCUAAGGAAAUUCCGUUGCAAAAUGUGCAUAGAACAAGGGGAGUUUCAAACAUUGACAGAAGUAGGACAUCAGAUGUUGAAUGGAGUACAUGUUCAUUCAUGUAAAAGUGAAGGUGAUCCUGGGUUCCCAAAUUCAGGUAGGUAGCCGUGUUGGUCUGACGCAGUCAAAAUAAAAAAAAAUAAAAAUUGUCCAGUAGCAUCUUAGAGACCAGCUAAGUUUGUCCCAAGCCAUACAGCAGCAUAAAGUUAAGAACCAGCACUUUCAACUGAGCACAAAAUAAACAGGCAAUAAUGGACCAGUCUGACUUUUUCAAGAAAAGGGUAGUCAUUUUAAAAAUUACUAAUAAGGCAACCAAAUACAGGUGAUAGCCAAACAGAAAAGGGUAUUAGACAGUAUUUCCACCAUUUGGUGGAGAGGUGGGUUUCAUAUUUAACAAACACAGAAAUAUAAUCAAAACUAUUGUGACCAUUAUUCCUUUCUCUUGUUGGGUAAUGCUACAAUGAUUUGGCGGUGAAUGGUUUUAUACAUUAGGAAACAAUAUUCCUUCAAGUGUUUUCAUGUCUUAUGCAUAUAGGUCAGCCGUUCUCUGAGAAACCUGCCUAUUGGUAUGCUAUUCUACACAGGUUUAAACCAGUAAAGUUGUAUUUCAGUGAGCCAGUAACAUUUCUGGCUUCAUAAAUGUUUAUGUGGCUGCAAACACAUACAGUUGGUUUUGCUGCUCCCUUACCUUUUUGCCCCUCAAAUGCUGACAUGUCUUGGAGAUCCUGGUUUGUUCAAACCUGAGUUGCCUAUAGGGACUAAACACUAGUUUAAUGUACAUUUACUGAACAGGAUAUUAAGUCAGGAUUUCCUUUCUGAAGCUGGUGUGUGAGAGGAAGAGGGAGGAGUACUGAGGCUCUAUGCUUGUUCUCAACUUUGUGAGCCAUAGAUUUAUGACUGGGAUGGAGAACCUUCAGCCUCCAUGCCAUGUGGUCGGUCCACAGCCUAAUUUUAUGGUCCCACACUAUUUUAGGAUUAUCCUUAACCUUCCUUUCACCAUUUUUGCCUCUCAGGAAUGACCCUUUUCUGUGAGCAUGUGAGAUGGCUUCCUCUUCUGCUUGACUAAGUGUGUGAGAUGGCUACACACACAACCCUAAGGGACAAAGCAGGAAUGGUGGUGGUGGAAGAAGGGCAAGUGAGCUCUCUUGGAAGGUGGCUCAUUGUGGCAAAGAGCAGAACAUUCCAUUGAGUUGUUUUUUAUUGCUUUCUCUCCUUGUAAGACGAAGAGCUUUGCAGAGAAUGAGACAAAUCAUGAGGGAUGAACAGUGGGAGUAGAAACUGCUCUGUGGGAGCGGGAAAUAGAAGAAAAUUGAAUGGCCCAAUGCAACAAUUGAAGGAGGCUUGGGUCAUGUUUAAAUAGAUUAUGAAGCAUGGGUGUAGCUGGGGGGGGCAGUUCCCCCCAUCAAGUAAUACAGUGGAAAUACUUAACUGACCAAUCACAUUGGUUCUGCCAUCUUAACAAAGUUCUGCCCACCCCCACAAAAUCCUGGCUAUGCCCAUGUUAUGAAGUAUAACGAUUUAUGGGAUUCAAAAAAGGACACACUACCAUGGUUAGCUAUCAACAGCUUUGGAUAAGGGUCUGUCGGGUUCAUGUCUCAACUUGAAAAUAGGGGCAGCUUUGAAAGGGUUUGACAUAAUGAAAGGAAAACAAAGAGGAGGUAAAGGAGGAAAUGUAGCUUAGUAGAAACUGCAUCUAUGCACCACAGCAACUGGGUUGAGUUUCACAUGAUCAGCUUUAGGAUUGGUCCAAUCUAGGUCAAAUGAUAGUCCCUCCCCUCCCCUCUUGAUAUAAAUGGGUGGGUUUGAAGAGGUUCCCCACUUCUAGUUUAUGUAUGAAGCCAGGAAUGUUAUGCCUGAAUUAGCUCAAUGAAGGCACAAUUCUUAGGCAUUUGUGCCUGAAAUGGGUAACUAAUAUCAUAACUGAGAGGUUGGCAAUGCGUUUGGGGUGGGUCCAAGGUCUUUGUUAUCACAUUGUGGGUGGGGGGAUGUUGCCAUCAAGUGUCAUUGAUACUUAUAUAUUUCCAAAUUGGAUUGUUCCUGAGACAACUCAGCACAUUACAAAAAAAUGAUAAAUUCUAAUACACCCUAAUGCAAUGUUAUUUUGAGCAUUGUAGUGUUGAGAAGAGGAAGUAAUCUUCUUAGCACUUAAUCGUAUGGUGAGAUGAAGAAUCCUAACCAAACUGAACUCAUUUAAAAUGUGUUUUUAAAGUGUGGGAUCUUGAGAUAACUUUGUUUCCAAAUAUGCAUUUUUCCAUAAAUAAGUUUAGUAUAGUUUAUCAAUAACACAUUUUUGAUGACUAACCAUCAUGGUGUUGCUAACACUAACACAGCAAUUUUAACAAUCCUAACCAGUGGUGUUGGUGGACAUGGGGUAUUGGACUAGUCCCCUGGGAAGCUUCUGCCCGGCUUAGGGAGGAAGGUGUGAUGCUUAGAUGGGCCCAAGAGCCUUCCCACCACCUUCCCAAAGCCCACCCAGCUUUGAAGGAGUAAGAUCCAUUAAGUAUAGUGGUGUUUACAAGAAUUGUUCAUAGAAUUAUGCUGUAAAUAUGCAGUUGUUGGAUCAGGGUAGAAAGCAUGCUGUUCAAAAGAUAGUGAAUUUGGAACUUUAUUGAAUUAUGAAAUGAAAAGUGCUUUUGCUAGGAAACCAAUGAAAGUAAGUGUAUUCCGAAAAAUGCCAGGAGGAUGAGAAGUUGAUCAAGCUUCAUGGGAACAAUAAUAGCAUCCAUCUUUUUUCCUCACAACGAAUGAACUAUUGUUAUCUUAUACUUCAAAUAGUAUUCUGCAUUGUAAUGUGUUAUCUUUAUAGCAAUUUUAAAUCUUAUGGUUGGAAUCUACAAAUUAAAACACAUGUUACAAUCAGCUUGAGUAGAUACUAGAAAGCAGCAGUAUCUACUGUAGAACUGGAGUGCAAAAUCCAAAUGGAAACAGUCUAAUUCAUAAUGCUUCUCAUGUAAAACAUCCUGGACUUGUCAGCUGAAACUUCACUGGAAUUUGUUCUUUGUUGUUUCAGUUCAGUCUCACACAUGGUACUGGGGUGUAAGUAUUCUUUUCUUGUCAAAAAGUAUCUUUACCUAAUAUAGACGCUGGAAAACAAAAAGCUUUGGAAAUCUCUAGUGAAAUGUAAAUAUCACAAAUUUACAUUGUUGCAAACAUAAGCUAUGGUCCACUUUCAGUGUUUUAAAAUUGGUCCUUGCAAAUAAGUUCAUAAAGUUUACUACGAUAACGUGUGUUCUGACCACUCACAUGCAUGUGCAUUAAGUCGCUUUUGGAACAUGAACAGUCUGAAAGUGGGGGCUGCAUUUUUAGCAUCUCACAAAAAGUUUACUUACCCCUGAGUUGGUGAGGCUCAUCUGAUAACACAAACUUGAGCUUUCAGUAUCGUUGGCCCAGUUGGAUGAAAUGUUCUUCCAAUAAAGAUUUAGCAGGUGUCCUGAGUAUUAACUUUUAGACAUUUGCUGAAAACUUUCCUAUGCUGCCAAGCAUACAUAGACAGUUAGAGGAAGGGAAUCUUUUUUUUAACAGCUGCUGAUCUGUGAUUCUGGUAGUUUUUGUGGUUUUUAUUUAUAUAUGUUGUAUGUGACUUUAUUUAUUAUUAUUUUUUUGCAAAAUUGCACAAGUAUUUUUAUAAUGUUUAUUCUGCCUAUUCAUAAGUACAUGUGUUUGAGACAUUCACAACGUAAAAGGAGGAGACCGAAUAUUAUCAUUUUCCAAUUUAGAGGUCUUCAUUUUUUGCUCACCUGGAACAGUACUUAAUUUUGACAGGCUUCCAGAGAAGUUGACAAUUCUCUCUUUCUUGAAAUAAAAAUGUGUCAGAUAUGGGUACCUUAUUUUUAAGCAUUAAGCAAAAGACUUUUCCAUGCUAGAUAAACUAUUCAGAUUCUUAGUAUGCAAUCCUAACCAUAUCUCCUCAGAAACUUCACUGGGGCUUAUUCCUAGGUAAAUGGGAUUAGGAUUGAAGCCUUAGGGCUGUAUCCAAUGUUACAUGGACAUCCUCUUUUCUCUCCAUGUGGCCCCAAACAUAGAAUGCAUAGAUGAUGGCCCUAGGUUUGGGGGGAAAUUGCCAUGUAAUAAACUGGCUGCAUAAAACGUUCUAUCUGAUUUUAAGACCCUUGAAAGUUGAAGGUUUGAGGCUUUUCCAGAAAGUGACAUGUUCCUACUAUUAUAUGAUUUUUGAGAACCGAAGAACAAUUGGAGCUUUUUGCUUUUUAGCAUAUUCUGCAGUUUAAAUAUUACUUCAGAAUGAAAAACAUGACACAACUCAAUUGUUCUUUUAAAAAAACAAAACAAAAGAGGAAAGCAACUCCUUUACCCACCCGCUUUUCCAUUCUGUGUAUAUCGUUCAUACAAAGACCUGCUUGUUAAGCUGAAGGGAGAGAAUCAAACUGUAUUUUCCUCACUUUCCCCCCUUCCUUUGUUCCUGACAGUCCUUCAGUUGCUUUUCAUAAUACCAGAUACCUGAACUCACAAUGGGUUUUAAGAAAAGGGAACAAAAAGAGUGGUGGUAGAAUUGUUAACCAGUGUUAUAAGAGAGAUCCCAAAAUAAAUUGAUUUCAUGACCCUUUUUCUCAGAGUUUAGUAAAAUUGUUGGGAGGGACUUGGCAGAUUGCUUUUACCACUUUCUCAAAUGAGCUCUCUUUCUUUCCUAUUUCAGUAAGUAGUAGUACGAACUGCAAAAAACAAGCCGCCUUAUUUCUGCUAUACCUAUGUCAUUUGCUAUUGAACUUUGCCAGAAGCUCCUCCCCCUCCUUCACUCUUUCUGCCAUUUGAUCACUUUGCUGACAGGUCAUGGGAGUGAAGUGAGUAUUAAGAUCCAAUUCCUGCUUGUGUUCUCACUAAGUCAGUUGAGCAGUCGUAAUAGGUUCUAUAUACAGUAGGAUGCUUCUCGCACUUCCCCUGAAGAUUUAGAGAAGUGCUAUUUGAAUUUUUGUUCUGUGGAGUGUUUCAAUUUAGCAGAUUCCUCCAGGGAAUGAUCUAUGCAAAAUUAAAGUUUUUAAAUAACUCUGGGUGAGAUCCAACAUCAUGCCAGUGGAAGCAACCUGGGACUUCCUCAUCCUCUCCUACCUUCUGCAUCCGUAAUCUGCUCUGGAGGAAGGGGAAGCCCUGUUUGUGCAGGCGAAAGUGUGUUGCACCAGUGGGACACCACAGUGAAAUAACAUCAUUAACAGUAUGCUGAGCAAAUACUUAUUAAUAUGUAUUGCAUUUAUUUGUUGCUUUAUACAGAAAGAUGGCUCAACUUAACAACCAAAUAAAUUACAAAAAUAGCUAAAAAUUGAUUUCCAACUAUAUAACAAACAACAUAACAUACUUAACUGUCUGCAGUUCAAAACAGUGAGAAGUUAAUGCUUAACUUAACUGGAUCAUGCCCUUGCUGUUUUCUGAAUAAUUACUUAAUUAGAGCAUUGCUUUCAGAAUUUAACUGCUGAGUGGUUUUCACUGAGAAAUAGCAUAUAUGUUUAAACUUGUAUGGAAAUUUGAAAAUCGGUUUUUCAACAAGCUUUUCUCACCCCAUUGAUUUUACCAAUUUCAGAACUCUGUUGCAUGACCCUCAUAGAUGAAGAGACAUCAGAGGGUUCCUCUUUUAUAACCACACUAUAGGUUAGGACACAGGAUUGUGACAAACCACCUGGCCAUAAAGCAUUAUGCUUUGAUAUGUUGGUUAAGAGUUCCUCUGUAGCAGGCUUUUACUGUAGCCAACAAAAUGAGAAAGGCUUCUUACUCCAGCAGGUUUUCUUAUGGGCUGAAAUCUUCUUUAGCAGUAUAUGCUCAUGGGGGUGAGUAGGAAUAUACUAGUGAAAAUAUUGAUGACAGGCCCCUAACAGUUAUUGAUUCACCAUCUUCUGUAAAUGGAUCUAAUUCUUUUUUAAAAUUCUCUUAACGAUCAAGCUUUGGUUUAGAAAUACUGCAUGGUAGCAUUUCCUGGAUUAUGUCAGUUCAGAUUUCAGGAGGUGGUCACAUGUUUGAAUGCUUCUGUAAGUAAAACAAAUGCUUGCUGCAAAGAGAACAAAUAAGUCAAUGAGAAGGCUAGGCUGGAGUCCUUCUCCCCAUGACAGCCUUUUAUGUGAAGCAAGUUUUAACAUAGGAGAGCGUUCAAACAAAUGUGCUGCUACGCAACUUGGGACCUUUAUAUAAUUCAAUCUUUAUACCUGCAUGGUUGGCUUCCUCCUCAUGUACCCCUGACCUCACAUUAGUCAACAUUUUUUAGAAGGGGGAAUGCUAUUAUCUAGUGUACAAACUCUGGUUUUAUUUUAGGGUAGGGUAGUGGUAGUGGUAGUGUAGUGUAGUGUAGUGUAGUGUAGUGUAGUGUACUAGUCCAAAAGAGAAUUUUUCUUUCACCACAUGGAUCUUAAGUUUAGUUGGAAAAUGUUGUGGACAGCAUUUUGAAAAUCAACUGAGUAGGCCAUGUAACAUUUAACCAUUAUUUAGCAAUUUGUGCAUGAGCCUCUUUGAGCUCAAGUUCCCUUUCUUCUUCCUGCAUGGGCAGAAAGACUUUUGCUGAGUUAAUUUUCAUUUUCAAAGAAUCUUGAUUUAGUGUUGUGUACCAACUAGGAAUCCUCCUUUACAACAGGUAAUGGCUAGUUGCAACCAGAGAACCAGACCAUAGUUUUAACUGGAUCAUAUGUGUAAGCAUGCCCGUUGAUACUCCAGAAACUGAUACUCACGAAGAUUGAUGAGGCAAUUUAUUUUGCUUUAGAAGUCAUGCUGAGCAUUCCAUAGUAAGUCUUAUAUGAGAAUUUGAUGGCCUUACAGGUCUAAAUGCUUUCUAUGAAUUUACCUAGAAUGAGAUUUAGGUUGACAAAUUUGUGAUCUUUGUUUAAAUAACACCAUUUUCAUAUUUAACAACUCCCAAGUGAAUACCAUGAGGCUUAGUGAGUUGUUACUUCUGAUUCUUUUUCAUUAGUUCCAAAACGACAUCCUGUGCACUACAUUGAAAAAGAAGUUUGCUGUAUGUAUCAUAUGACCAUUUCUGCAGGGAUAAUGAUGCAAUGAAUUCAUUCAGUUUCUCUUCUGUUCUAUACAUUCUUCAGCAUUCCUAUUUUUUGGUCAUUUAGUUGUUUAACUGCUUCUGACUGAUUUCUGCUUCUGCUUUCCUUAUACUGUGUUCUCACAAAAAUGUGUACCAGACAGUUGUAUAUAGACUAGCUAUUCUCUCAUGCAUUCUCUCUGCAGGAUCCCAUAGCAAAGUGAUUAAUUAUACAUAGGUGAACAUCCUGUGCGCAAUUUGUUUCAUAUAAAUCAGGUGUAGAAUUGUAUUGUAUUUUGCCUUAGAUAAUGUUAUUCAGUUACAUAGUCUUACAAGUGAUUUUUUAAGUGUUGGGAAUCUUGGAGACACUUUGACUUAGUAAGGCCUAUACUCAUUUCAUAAAGUUAUCCGUGAUCAUCCAAUUAUUUAUUGACUUUGUGCUAGUGCACAUUCUGAAGAGGUGGUGAAAGGCACUCUAGCUGAAUGAUAAUUCUGAAAAUGGUUAUCAAGCUUAUCUAAAACCAAAACAUAAAUCAUGCAGCAAGAGCUGACAACUGGGCAAGAUAAAUAACUCAAGAAAGAGAGGUAAAAGGUAAAGGGACCCCGACCGUUAGGUCCAGUUGCAGACGACUCUGGGGUUGCAGCACUCAUCUUGCUUUACUGGCCUAGGGAGCUGGCGUUUGUCUGCAGACAGCUUCCGGGUCAUGUGGCCAGCAUGACUAAGCUGCUUCUGGCGAACCAGAGCAGUGCACGGAAACGCCGUUUACCUUCCCACUGGAGCAGUACCUAUUUAUCUACUUGCACUUUGACAUGCUUUCGAACUGCUAGGUUGGCAGGAGCUGGGACUGAGCAACGAGAGCUCACCUCGUCGCAGGGACAAAUGCAGGUGUCUAUAUUGUGGAUUAUGAGCAUGGCUAUCAAACUGUUGUAGACGUUGAGACUAUUUAUCUGUUCUUUCGUAGGGUUGCUACUGAAUUAUAUCAAUUGGAAUUUGAAAUAGAUUGGGAGUUCUGUUGUUAUGAGGGUUCAAAUCAGUGUUGCCAAGAGGGUAGGGUACAGAUAAAAUUCUACAGGAUGCGGUAUUAGUGUGUGAAAACAGCCCAGAUCCAAUGAUCCCCAGGCAUGCACCUCCAAGAUGGUGGAGAAGUCAGGCCCAGGCAUCUUCACUUGGUCACAAGUGGUUGAUAGCCAGGUGCAAAAUGCGCCUGGCACUUAGCUAAUUUCCAGUCUUGGAUGGAAGCAGAAUGAAAUAUGUGACAGAUAAAAAAUUAGAUGGUCAGUAUAUAUGAUGUAAGUCUGAUGUAAGCAUAUCAGACUUGAGUACCUGAAGAAUUCAUAAGGCGUUCUUAUCUACUGCUUAGGGGAGCCAAAAUGUAGAAAUACAGUGCUCCAGUAGUAGGAACUGAACCCUGUUGUGCUACAUUUGGGACUUGUGCAGUUCUUUCUGAAACUGGGAAAUGGUGCUACAAGGGGGUGGUUCAAGUACAGUGGUGCCUCGCAAGAUGAAAUUAAUUCGUUCCGCGAGUUUUGUCGUCUUGUGAUUUUUUUCGUCUUGCGAAGCACGGUGUCGGGAAAGUUUUGGAAAAGCUUCAAAAAUCACCAAAGUCUUUUAAAACCUCAAAAAAGGCUACCAUACCGCAUUCUAUGAGUUGCUCCUCGAAGUCAAGUCGCAACUGUAUUAACGGUGUUAAGAAAAAGGAAACAAACUUGCAAGACGUUUCUGUCUUGCGAAGCAAGCCCAUAGGGAAAAUCGUCUUGCGAAGCAGCUCAAAAAACAAAAAACCCUUUCGUCUAGCGAGUUUUUGUCUUGCGAGGCAUUCGUCUUGCAAGGUACCACUGUAUGUUCUCUACUGGCAUAACCCUUCAUCCUGAAGUAUGAUGUUGGUUUGUAAACAGUUUAGAUAGUAAGUGGAGCAGUGCUACAUCACUGUGCUUAGUUUGAGAUACUGCCUUAGGUAAAGUAGAACAACCCUAAACCAGGCUGUGUGGCAUACAGAUGGUUUUGUUACUGAUCAUGAUUUAUGGUCUAUAAUGUGGAAAAAUAACAAAAUUUAAAGGUUAUCCCUUUUUGUUGUUCUUGAAUUCAGGAUUUGAAAAUAAUGUGAAUUCAUUGGUGCCAGCAUAAAGAUGUUAGGGCUUUCCUGCCCUUUUUGAGAAUUUUCUUCACUCUAAGAACUUUCCAGCCCUGUUUGAACUCAUUAUAAGCCUUACAUUUUGCAUUUUCACUUGUGUAGUAGUCUGUGGUGUGACAGCUUGUUUUUACAGCAUUCUGUUCAAAACAUGCUUCCUCUUUAAGAAAUAGUACCUCUUAUGAAUAGGAUGGAGGGUUGCAAAGAGAUUUUCAUUGUAACUUGCUACCUUCCUGGGGUUGCUUUUUUCCCUGGACUAGAAAAGUUGAACUCUUCUACCAUACCAGAGGAAAACAAAACUAUUUACAAGACCCUAGAAGAGGAAUAACCAACUUGGUAGCCUCCAGAUAUUGUUGGACUAAACUCCCAUCAACCCCUACCAGAGGUCUAGGGUGGGGGGGCAUUUAAGGUUGGUCAGGCGGACGGGUGGAGUUUUCUUAGUCUUCCAUGCUUGCAUCUGGCAAAGAUUCCCACUCAUAUAAAUGCAAUAUUCAACUUGGAAUGGACAUUCAGUGAUCAAAUAGUUCCAAAUCUCAUAGGUAAAAUUGUCUUAUAGAAGAGUUACUAGCCAAAUAAAGUAUCCUAUGGAAUUGAAUGGUAGGAUUCAAACACGUCUGUGCAAGGGCACUUGGAUCAAGAGCUAGUGCUGGGACCCUUUCCUGGGGCUGGUGCAGUAGCAGUUACUUAAUACCACACUAUUUAUCUCAUAUGCCUUGCACCCCACAGCUCAAUUUGAACUUUUCAGAUUCCAAACAGCAGUUCUGAUUUGCGGUUGAGUUUCUGAAUUAUAUGAGGCCUCUUUUCUCUUCAAGUUUUCUGUUUUAACUUGAAAGAGUUUCAUAUACUUAUUUCCUUUAGAAGCUCUCCUGGAGAGUGUGGGAUACAAAACUGUUGACCGUAAAAAGUGUGCCUGCAGUCAGAGAGAGGUAAAGGCACAAUCCACCUGCAGGACAAUUAGUCUACAGAAAGGGCAAAUCACAACUUGUCAGUAAGACCAAACUUAUGUAGCAAAACAAAAAUGAAACAAGCCCUUGUUCUGCAGCAUAAAUUACUAAAUUAAUGUGCAUUCUUCUACUGAAGGAUUUUGAGUCAAAGUGAUAAUACAGUGGUACCUCAGGUUAAGAACUUAAUUCGUUCUGGAGGUCUGUUCUUAACCUGAAACUGUUCUUAACCUGAAACACCACUUUAGCUAAUGGGGCCUCCCAUAUUUCUGGGUUAGUGGAGUCUGAAACCUGAAGCGUAUGUAACCUGAGGUACCACUACAAGCAAAUACAACCAUGUCUUUUAAUCAGGUGACAUAAAGGCCUCAUUCAUAAAAAAUGCUAAAGCAUGGUUUAGCAUUAUGAGAAUGUGCUUGUGCAAGCAUCAGAUUCUCACCCUCCCUUCUUCAACGGCUGCAAGAAUGAGUUUGGAAGGUUUCACUUCUGCUUUUGACUAAAUGUGAAAGGGGACGAAACCUCCAACAUUAUGUGGCUUCUUGUGAGUUCGUUCCAGAUCUUCAGUAUGGAUAAAGAUAUAUGUCUGUGUGCAGGAUAAAUGCUAUGGAACGGGCACAUGGAUUUACUUUUUUUGAAGUGGUUGUUCUGAAGUGGUUGUCCGAAUUUAUUGUAAUCAUAUUGUCAAUUUAAUAAUUUAUGUUGAAAUCCCCAGAGCAGCUAUCUUCAAUCCCUUUGAUAAUUAUUCUGAUGCAGUUCAACAUAUUAUAAGAGGAGUUCGGAGUACCAAGUGCCAGCAGGAGUUUCUAGUUGCAGGGAAUGGCAGGAUGCUCAAACAAUGCUUUUAGAGUCUCUAGUCGGGGUUAGGUUUACCACCAUAUUUUACUGGGAGAAUGUGGAGGUAAAAGUGACAGUAAGAGUAUUAAUGUUUAAAGAAUACUGUCAUAGAACACCUCUUGAAAAAGGAGGUAUCUUCAAGUUCCUUGGUGUAGUAUGUCUGUUAAUAACAUGGAAUGCAGGAGGUGAAAACAAAACUUUCCUGUUCAGAUUAGUUCUUCUGAAGAGCCUGAUGCACCCCUUGAAGAAUGUCUUGCCUUUUGUUAAGACAGCUCAGCCAGAUGUUCAACCAGCUGGUGUCCUCGCAUAGUGGGCCAUGAUGGAAAUGGUUGGACUCUUGGGCCUACCACCAGUGGAAAGGUGGAUGUUGAAACCAGGUAGCCUGCCCAGGCACUGUUGAUGAGAAACUCUCCCCCAUUGCUCUUGGUAAUCAGUAGGUGCAUUCCCACUUGAGGAAGUCUGAUACAAACCUGUCCCUCUGGAGUGGUGAGUCAGGCUGUACUUCCAACAUAGUGGUGGAGGAGGCGGUUGGUGGUGGAGAGGCAAAGUAGGUGUUGAGCAGUUCCGCCAUGUCUCUGUCACUGAGUAGCAUUUCUCCUUCUUCUCCCUGCAAGGGAUCUACUACUUGCUUAUUUUUCCACUUACUUCAAACAUAGCUGAAGAAACAUUAAAAAUUAUUUUUAACCUCUCGCAAGCUUGAGUUCAUUCUGAGCUUUGGCCUGCUUGACCACCGGUCCCUGCAACUGUUGACUACUCAUGUAUACUCUUCUUUCAUGAUUUCUCCUUUCUUCCAUAGAACCAUAGAAUUGUAGAGUUGGAAGGGACCACAAGAGUAAUUUCUUAUACAUGCCCUUCUUACAUCUCAGCUCAUCUGUAAGCUUCAUAUGCAGCCACACAGUUUCUUCAGGUGCUUACUUGUUGGAAUUGUCUGUCUUUGUGCCUUCAGUAUGUCGCCUUUAAGAAACUCCCAUCCCACUUGGACUUGCUUUUCUUUGAGUAUUUCUGAUCAUGGGACUUGACCCAGUAGUUCCUUAAGCUUUUUCCUUUGCCUGUGUAUAAUGAAGCUCAAGAGGACAUGAUGACUCCUUAAGUAUAGAGAGAAGAUUAGCAAAAAAAGAAAGUGAGAGAUUUCUUAUAGGAACUUAACCCCCCCCCCAUCAACAGCAUUCUUUUGUAGCAAGAUUGUAUUCUGAAGUUGGGCAACCAUAUAGUGAAAUAAUGUUUAUAUGCAAGUACUCUGUUUCCCCCCAUGUAGGUGCUGUUAGUGAGCAGUAGUCGUCAUCCCGAUAGAUGGAUUGUCCCAGGUGGUGGUAUGGAGCCUGAAGAGGAGCCUAGUGUGGCUGCAGUGCGGGAAGUUUGUGAAGAGGUAAAUCUCCAAAACUUGCUUCGGACCUAAGCUGUUUGUGCUGCUUAUCAAUUUCUUACUAUUUUUCCUUGGUCUUCUCAAAACAGUCCCUCUAUUGAAACAAAUCUCUAACCAAUUAAUAGUGUUAUGGUUUUGUUAACUCUUUAUGAACAAAACUCAUUGUUAGUUCCAUCUGUGAGUUGAGAUGGAUACUGCUGUAGAAUUUGCCCCAGUACUCAUAACUAUAAUAGUUAUUAUGAUGCAGGGCAGGGAUUUUCGAAUACUUCACUGAGUACCUCUUUCAACAGAUUGUUAAUAGUAUUGCCAGUUGACUUCAGGCACUGGGUCUAGAGUUCGUAUAUGUAGAAAUGUACUUCCUCUUGGUGAUGUGCUUCCCUCAAAUGUAGCUUUGAGAGGGUGUGGUGUGAAACACCAGAUUACAUGCAUACAUAUGUGCAUUUAACCCCUCCUUUUCUUGGCCCAAAUUUUCUCUCACCCCUCCCCUCCCCUGCUGGUUUUAAACACUUUGUGAUGUCCCUUCUCAAAGCCGCUUAACUCACAAACACUGGGGGACGGAUAGCAGCUUUGGGGGCAAUUGUAAUCAUGAAAAUUACAUGAGGAAAGGAUUAAACAUCCUCUACCCUAGUGCUGCUAUCAGAAGCCAAUCCUCUCCCCCGACCCUCCCAGCUGUUUUUAAGCUUUGGGAUCUUCCAUAAGCUUUUUCCGUCAUAGACCUUCUGCACCAUGUGUAAUUUGGCCCAGACUGAAAUAUUGAGCUGUAACUUAGAACAUUAAAUCUUUCUUUCUUGUCUUUGAAUUUCUCACAGGCUGGAGUGAAAGGGACAUUAGGAAGAUUAGUAGGAAUUUUUGAGGUAAGUAUAAGCAUUUUGAAGAGUUGAUUAACACUUUUCUCAAUGGCCCUGUUCACACAUCCCUGUAAGCUACAAACGGUGCUUGGAAUGAACUACUUUGGUUUGGCAAAGUUCACUGAAAGUAGUUCCUAUAAUUGCUAGGUGAAGUGAACAUGAAUUAAAAGUUGUUUUGCAAAGAAACUCUAGUUGAAGUUUGUUCUCUUAUGUGUGUUUUUGACUCUUUAGACCAGGGAUGCAAAACUACCUACAGAAGGAUAAAUUAUAACAGGGUUCCUACCAAUGCCAGUCAGCUGAUGACUGCUGUCAGUGAGUCCCACUUACCAAGGGACAAUCAGAAGCUGGCUAUGUCUUUACCUGCCCCAUAACCCAGUGUCAUAUAUGAUGUUUGAUGUCAGGUGUGGGACAGGUGGGUGUGAUUUGAAGCCCUAGUGGGCUGGAGGUUCCCCUGCAUCAUCACUUAUGCCUUACUUUCACUUGCAGAUGCAGCCAUUGUGGUAUCAUGCAUGUUACAUGAUUGAAUUUUGAAAACAUAGAGCAUCCACUGAGACAGAUUGUUCAAUUUCCCUAUGUUUUGUAGGUUUCUCAAGACUGAGGAGCUAGAAAACAGUAACGUUUGGCAAGAUGUCAGGACAAAACUAGUAAAAAAAUAUGUUGGAAAUGUUUUGAAUUGUUUUGUGUUCUAACUACUUUUGAAUCUUCAUCAUUUAUCUUGGUAGGGCUUUGCUGUUGGUAGAAAUGUUUUAACAAUAUACCUAUCCCCACUUUCCUUAAGAAUAAACUUUUGCAGGUGUUAUGAACCUUGGAACCUAACUUUAAUGCUGCUCCUCCUUUUAGAACCAGGACAGAAAACACAGAACAUAUGUUUACGUACUUAUUGUCACAGAAGUAUUGGAAGACUGGGAGGACUCUGUGAAUAUUGGUGAGACACUUACAUUCAUCUGUAUUCCUGAUUCUCUGUAGGAUUGUAAUAGCAGAAUCCUCUUCUCUGUAUUAGAUUCAGCUUUAUAUCGGGUGUAGAGACUGCAAUCCUCUCACUCUUUCUUUUUGGCCCUUGGGAUUCACCCCCAGGCCACACUUUUCACUAGCCCUGCUUCACACCCGCCUUUACUGCUUUUGCCUGGCAUCUUGAACUCUGGUAGAUGCUGCUUAACCGGAUGAAUGUAGGGUGGGUGUAGCAACCUCUGAUUUUUGUGUGCCUGGAAUGCAGCCAAAGAAUCACAUUUAACUCUCUGUCCACCUUUGUCUCUGGUUCCACCCACCGCUGGCAUGUGGCCCCUGGAUGGUUGCCCAUGAGGGAAUGCAGCUCCCAGGCUGAAAAUAUUUUUCCCAGUCCUGUUUUAUAUAUGUAGGUGAUUGUGGCCGGGGUGUGGGGGAGAGAAAGUGUAAGAAUUAGAAUUGUACUGUUUUGUUUAAAGUAGAAAAGGACAACCAUCAGCAUCCAGCUGCCAAAAUAUUCGUGACUUGGCAGCUCUUGUCAGACUCCUUUAAAUUCCAGCUUCCUGUAAAAAAAGACAGAUAAAGAAUUCUAGUACUGUUGAUUUCAAAGAGAAUUUGAUUUAAAGAACUGAACAGUCACAAAGAGGGCUAAAAACCAGAUUUUGGAAGUGGAAGAGUCUUAACUAUCUGUUUCCAUGAUUAUUAUUUUUUUUUGCAGCAUCACUGAUUUUUUAAUUUUAGUUUUCCCAUGAUUAGCGUGUGAAAAGGAAAUUUAUUUUUUUUUAAAGGGGGGAAAGGAAAUUUACUAAUUGCCCCUCCUAUAUCAGUCUCAAAUCAUUGCAAAAUUCAUAUUAAUGUAUUAUUCUUUUCAUCCAGUGCUUCUUCAUGCCCAUGUUUUGAUUCACUUUUCUGUAUGAGGUUAUACAUCCUGUAAAAUAGCAUAUUACUUAGAAAAUUGCUUCUUACCAAAUUUAUUUCCCAGCUUCAAACUAACCACAGUCCUAACCUUGUUUACUUAGAUGUAAAUCCUAUUGAAAUCAGUGGGGCUUAUUCUCAGAUAAGUGGGAUUAGGAUUGCUGCCUAAAUUAUUUACAGAAUGGAAAGCGAUGCAUAUAUCUCUCAAUGAACUUCACAGGCAACACAGUGAUAUGCAGUUUUCCGUAUAACUUUCCUUCUCCCAUUGAUUUUCUCUAAGAAAAGUGAGCAGCUGCAUUCUUUUAGUCUCAGGAGCUUCCUUACUAAAUGCGCUAUUUUCCAGCUCAUUCUCCUUUAGAAGAAACAAGUUUUUAAAAAAUUUGGGAAAUAUUUGUUAAACUAAAGAUUUGCUGUUGUAAUGUACUGUAGGGCUGAAGAACCUUCCUCCUCCAAGUGCCACAUUCCUUUGGAGAGCUGGUUAUUGGGGACAGCAUAUUGGCAUGACUGGGGCUAAAGCCCAAAGUACACUACCAAAGGAUAUCCAUCCCAUUCUCUUACUUUGCUUUUGGGCUUCCCAUAAGCAUCUGGUUGCCACUGUGAAAACACAAUGCUGGAGUAGAUGGGCCAUUGGCCUGAACUAGCAGACUCUUCUCAUGUUCCUCCCAUACAUGUGCUGAUCUGCUGGUAGGAGGGAAACCGCUCAAAGGUGGGGAAAGGAGAACCUGAAGAGGGUAUGAGGUUCUAUGGAGAGGCUGGUGGGAUGGUUGGGAAGGCCUAGCAUGCAAAAUUGAGCCCACAGGCUAGAGGUUGGUCCAUGUCCCCCCCCCCCCCCCAUGUUGUAUUGUGUGAAGUUAAUUGUUACAAUUGUAUAUUGAAGAAGUGAACAUUCAGUGAGUCAUCGUAUCACAGGUGCCAUUGAAUUACUGUGUGCUGUUGCAGUGCAUUUGCAGUAGGAAUAGGCAUACUAUAUGUCUGUGGUAAUUAUCUAUAGAAGGAACUAUAAAAUCAUCAAUUGCUUUGCUUUGUUACUAAUUUCCCCCUCCCUCUAUUUCUACAGGAAGGAAACGGAAAUGGUUUCAGAUAGAUGACGCCAUAAAAGUUCUGCAGUAUCACAAACCUGUGCAGGCUUCAUACUUUGAAACCUUGAGGCAAGGCUAUUUGGCUAACAAUGGCACUCCUGUUGUGACCACAUCAUUCUCAAAGGAGAGUGCACUGUCCGACAUCAGAUGA